CGUUGCUUUGGCUCUGGACAGAGCAAUAACAACAUUCAACAUGCGAAUGCCAACAUAAUACAUAUUGAACGUUUGAUGAUUUGAUGUUAAUGAAGCAACUUUGGUACAGAUUUUAAAAAGCAAAAUAACUAGAUAUCUAGAUCUAGUGUCUAGAUUUUGUCGACUAUUUAAAAUAUACACUUAUAAAAUGACAUCUAGUUCUCGAAGAGCUUUGCAUUUCGUAUUUAAAGUUGGAAAUCGGACAGAGAAUGCCAGAUUUUAUAGAGAUGUGCUGGGAAUGCAGAUUCUUCGUCAUGAAGAAUUUGAAGAAGGAUGUAAAGCAGCUUGUAAUGGUCCUUAUGAUGGUAAAUGGAGCAAAACAAUGGUGGGAUAUGGACCAGAAGAUAAUCAUUUUGUGGCUGAAUUAACUUACAACUACGGUAUUGGCAGUUACAAGCUAGGAAAUGAUUUUCUGGGUAUCACAGUGUCAUCAAAAUCUGUUUUUGAAAGAGCUAAGGGCACAAGUGAUAAAAUUACUGAGGAAAAUGGAGCUUGUGUAAUAUCAUCUCCUGAUGGCUAUGUUUUUAAAGUCCUUGAAAAAUCUGUACAAGGAGAUCCUGUCCAGAUUGUUACACUUGCCUCAUCCAAUCUGCUUAAAUCUAUCGAUUUCUGGGUGAGGCUUUGUGGAAUGAAAAUCUUUGAUCAACAAGCUAAAUCUGCUAUUCUUGGUUAUGCUGAUGACCAGUGUAAGCUUGAGCUUGUUGAUAUUGAAAAACCAGUGGAUCACGGAACGGCUUUUGGAAGAAUAGCAUUUUCAUGUCCAAGUGUAGAGCUCCCUGCUUUAGAAAAUUUAAUGAAAUCUGAACACCAAACUAUCUUAACACCACUUGUUAGCUUAGAUACACCAGGAAAAGCGACUGUGCAAGUUGUUAUAAUAGCAGACCCGGAUGGGCAUGAAAUAUGUUAUGUUGGAGAUGAAGCAUUCCGUGAAUUGUCAAAAGCAGAUAAAAAUGCCAACACAUUGCUAGAUGAGGCAAUAACAGCAGAUAAAAGUGAUGAUUGGUUUGCCAAGAAAGGAAAAACAAAAGUUGCUGCUUAAAAUCCUAAGAUGAUCUAGAUUUACAGACAGUAAAAUGUGUACUUUGUUAUAAAUUCAUGGUAUUGGUGUAUUUU